AUGGAUUCUACGGAUGAUGACAGAAUGAGUGGUGCUAACUAUGAUGGUGAUGAUCCUUACGUUGAAGAAGAAACGAUGAGGGUGGAAGAAGAAGCAGAAGAAGAUGAUGAAGAAGAAGAAGAAGUGGUGACAUUGGAGGAACUGGAGACAAGGAUGUGGAGAGAUCGCAUGAUGUUGAGGAAGCUGAAGGAAGAGAAGAGGGAAAAGGAGAAAGGAGAAACAGUGGAGAUGAUGAAGAAGAAGACACUGAUUCGUGCACAAGACACAGUGCUGAAGAACAUGGUGAAGAUGAUGAAGAUUUGUGGUGUUCGUGGCUUCGUUUAUGGCAUCAUUCCUGAGAAGGGAAAACCAGUGAGUGGAGCUUCUGAUAACCUCAGAGGUUGGUGGAAGGACAGGGUCAAGUUUGAUCACAAUGGUCCUGCUGCUAUGCUCAGGUACGAGGAAGAAACUGGUUUUGAAGACAUGGUUAGUGAUGCAUUCAACGGAGAGCCAUCAACAACAGCACACAGUUUGAACGAUCUCCCAGACACAACUCUUGGAUCACUCUUGUCAUGUCUCAUGCAGAACUGUGACCCUCCGCAGAGAAGGUACCCUCUGGACAAGGGCAUAGCCCCUCCCUGGUGGCCCACUGGGCAGGAAUGGUGGUGGGCCCAGAUGGGCUUUACCAUGGACCCAGGCCCACCACCCUACAAGAAGCCCCAUGACCUGAAGAAGGUGUGGAAGAUGUGUGUGCUUACUGCAGUCAUCAAGCACAUAUCCCCAGACAUGGCAAAGAUCAGAAACAUCGUUCGUCACUCUAGGACCCUUCAGGACAAGCUCAAUGCAAAAGAAACUGCCAUUUGGAGCGCUAUUGUGAAGCGUGAAGAGUCCUUUGCUAGGAGAUCAUACCCUAAUAAUUUCUUCCAAACCCUCCCUCUAAGAGCAGGACCUACUGUCCAUUAUGAUAAUAGGGGGCAACAAAGUAAUAACCUUGGUGGUGCAAUGAAUCUUCUUGGGGGCCUCAAUAACAUACCACAACACAACAAUGUUGGUAAUGGUGGUUCUUGGAGCUUUCUCGGUGGCCAGAAUAACCCUUCAACUUCCACCAGUGCUGCUAGAAUUCUUCUUGGGAACCCUCCAUCAACCACCGAUUUGAUCACUGAUGAUGGUGCUACUAGUUUUCCUGCACCACCCACCAAUGGUGGAGCUAGAAAUUUCUUCGAUCCACCAACACCAACGAGCAAUAUUCUGGUUCAUAGUGAACUCAUGAGAGCUUUUUUGGAUGGCCAAUAUAACCCACCCCCACCACUACCAUCAACAACAGCAAUAACAAUGAUGAACAAUGGCAUUGUUAUGCCACUAGAUCAUGCUGGUGAUAAGAGAAAGGGUGGUGAUGAUUUUCAUGGUAUUGUUACAUUUCCUCAAGAGGCAUAUUCUUGCCACAUCACAGAGUGCCCUUAUCAUCAUGAGACUGGCUUUGGAUUCAGUGACAGAAACGCGAGGAACAAUCAUCAGCUAACAUGCCGAUACAGAAGCAAAAAUCAGAAUUUUACUGUUGGGGACAUGAAUGCUCCUUCUCUUGCAGGCCAAAACCAGUAUUUGCAAACUGUUCAGACUCAGGUGUGGAAUGAUAGUUUGUUUGAUGGAAGGAUUUGUUUGGACAAGGAUGUCUUUGGCAACAACAUGUAUGUGUGUUCUCUAGAAAGCAAAAACCAGCAGCAGCAGGUGAAAAAUGUUGGUAAUGCUGAAGUGUCCAAUGUUGUCCAUGGGAAUAUGUCAGUGGAUUCUUCCUUUGCAUGGGAUUCAAACAAUUCCCAAGCUGAAUUUUUGGACUCUCCUAUGUUUGUAACACCAGACCAGGAUCUCCUUUGGCCAUAA